ACUCUGCAACCUUCCCGCUACGGCCUCGAAGACUUCUCGUUCCUGCUCUCACUGCAAACUGUCAUUACCUUGACUCUCUAACUCAACCCUCCCAGUAUCUUCGCUAUCUUACAGCUAUACCUAGCUACGAGUCGCCUCUUCAAUACAAUGGCGGACAACACCAUCCAACCAUCGCACCAAACCCCGACCGUGGCAGAGAGCAGUCAGUCUCUCGUCUCCGAUUCAAACCCAGCCUCCACUGACGAUGCUGGUCUGGCUAUUGAACCCACACAAGACUCUCCGGACAGCGAGAACUUCAGCGCAGUGCCUGGCAUCUCCCCUCAGCACGAUGGUCCCGUCACCGCGUCUCCGGGCAUUCGGUCAGAGGAAGAUGACUUCGCUGCCGUUCCCGAGAUCAACAUCCCUCAGGGAGAGAGCCCGCCCCCAUCAGACACCCCCGAGGGAAACGAGGAUGCCGCCAGCCAGCACAUGAUCCCCAGCGGCGACUACUAUUUCGGCCACCACGAUAACACUACCGAUCGCGACGAAUCUGAGAACAAUAAUGGGUCUGUCAAUAACGAUCAAUCCGGUGGCAACAAUUCGUGGGACGAGGAAGAUGGAGGCCCUGAGAACACCCCUAACAUUAGAAACAUGAAUGUCUCCGACAAAUUGUGCCAGUUGUGCGGAUCUGACCAACACCCCUCGGACAGCUGCUUCCUCAACGACUCAGAGGUCGACCUUGACGUCGCCAACCUUCUCAGAGGCCUGCCAACCGAGGAUCUCAUCGAGAUCAUCCGCACGGACGUCCUGAUGAGCUACAGAGGCCCUAUCGCUGCCCUGAUUGAGAGGGUGGAGAAUCUCACCAGUGCGAGGAGCUGCAAGCUUUACGCGCUCCUUCUCGGGUAUUCCGAUGCACAAGAUGACAGCGACCGAGACCGUCUCGCAGAUGGCUCUGAGGUCUUUGUGCCUUCUCCCGAGAGCUCGGUGCUGCCCGUUGUCGAGGUUCCCGAUCACGCCGACGAGCCUGAAUCUAAGGAGGAGCUUGGUCACGAUAAGCUCUAACGCACGGAGCGGAUACGCCUGUACCCACCGGCGGGCCUGGAGUUAGUGGCGAGUGGUAGCUCAUUGAGACGCCCGUUCUUGGGGUUCGG